GAUCUGCAGCGGAUAGCGUUUUCCGUCUGGCUACCCGUCUCCGUCAGUUUCUAUCUUGGUGACAGUAAGGCUCAAUCUUACGGACCCAUCUUGUACCAGGCACUGCAAGACUUUCAACACCGCCACUACCCGCCACUUGCUGCGACAGGUCCAAGGGCUUCAGCCUUAUUUUGCGGAGAGGCCCCUGAAACGCUCACAGACUAGAGCCUUACAUCCCGGACUAGUUGCUGGGAAUCAACUCCCCUGUACGCUGGGUCUGUGCCAGUGACUCGACCGUUCUCACUUCAUUAGGAUUUCCGUCUGGACGCACUGGCCUCCUCUCACACUACUUCCAUCCCACAUAUACUUCGGUUGGCGACCACCUAAAGACCUGCAGCUCUCCUCGUCUAGCCGUCACCACACACCUUCAACACCUGCCAAUCCCACACAACGUCGCUUACAUGAUCAUGUCAUACUACUCACCGGACGUAGACAUGGUUCUACUUGCACCGGAAGAGAACAUGGGAGCGAUGUCGCCCUUCAGCUCAUGUCAAUCUCCUCUAAACAUCAUGUACUCUUCACCACAUCUUCACCAGAUGACGAAUCCCGUAGCCACGACUCUCCCCAGCAACGGACCCAUCUACACGCAACCACACUACAGACCAGCCAUGAAUUCCCCGUACCCACCGCACAGCCCGUGGUCCUCUCAGCCGAUGCAGAUACCACCAGUGUCGUCAUACUCCUACCCUCCGUUUACGAGCAUGACCGCUGGCCCUGCUAUUGCGUCAGACUCUCAGCUCCUGCCACAGUCCUACGCUGGACCACGGCAAUCAAGAUCGCACUCAGCAUCGAGUUCUGGAAUGGGACUUGCAUCAAGCGCACCACCGUCAGAGAGGACACCGCCGCGCUCACUAUCUCCGAGCUCACCAGACCUUCGAGCAUAUGGCUUCCCCAGAAAUAACGGCACAUGGUCGUGCGCUUAUCCAGGGUGCACAUCAAGAGCCGUGUUCACUCGGGGCUGCGACCUUCGCAAGCAUCACAAAAGGCAUAGCAAAAAUUUCUUUUGCAGGCACGCAGAGUGCCCUCAAGCUACCGGUGGAGGCUUCUCAAGCAAAAAAGACCUAGCACGACACGAGGCGAAGCAUAACCCCGGCGUCUUGUGCGACUGGGCUGGAUGUGACAGGGUCUUCAGUCGGGUCGACAAUAUGAGAGACCACGUUAAGAGGAUACACCACAAAGCUUCUCGAAAGUCAUCGUCGGCAUCGUAACGAAGCUUGAGAACAAAGCUUUUGCAUUGCCGAUCGCUGUGCCUCUUACGUUUUCACUUGCCAACUGAAACGGUCUGCCAACAACGAACCCGCACGACUCCCAUCGUUUCCAUUUGACAAAGCUGCAAAUUUCGCCCUCGCGAUGACCAUUACGCCUGUGUAGCUGGUCUACCGCCAUCUAACGAUUCAAGAUACCCUCGCUUUUCACCGUUCAACAUUCGCUCAAUUGUAUACCCGCAGUCGCCGGCUGGCUGCACAUUCUGCAUUACAUGCCCGGGCGUUCACAUCACUUUUGUGGAGAUAUUAUACACCCAUACAUUGGUAGACUCUGUUGGGACAUAAUGUGGAUAGAUGCAUACGGCGGCGCUGCUGCCUAGAAUAGCUAGCCCAAAGCCAUGUCAUUCCGCUUUCUGUUCAUUUGCUUCCGAUCUCGAUUUCGUCUCCUGAGUCUUC